AUGCCUUGGCUGUUUCCCAGAACCACAGGGGCUCUGGCCAUUUUAAUGGCAUUUGUAUUGGUUCAUGGAGAACUACGACUAGAGACAAAAGGACAUGAGGAAAAUGGAACAGCAUUGCAGCCAGCCAGAAGAAGAUACAAACGUGAAUGGGUGAAAUUUGCCAAACCCUGCAGAGAAAGAGAAGACAACUCAAAAAGAAACCCCAUUGCCAAGAUUACUUCAGAUUUUCAAGCAACUCAGAAAAUUACCUACCGAAUAUCUGGGGUAGGAAUUGAUCAGCCUCCUUUUGGGAUCUUUGCUGUUGAUCCGAACACUGGUGAUAUUAACAUAACAGCCAUAGUGGACAGAGAAGAAACCCCAAGCUUCCUGAUCACGUGUCGUGCUCUAAAUGCCCGCGGACAAGAUGUAGAGAAACCACUUAUAUUAACAGUCAAAAUUCUAGAUGUGAAUGAUAAUUACCCAGUAUUUUCACAAAACAUAUUCACGGGUGAAAUUGAAGAAAACAGUGCCUCAAACUCACUGGUGAUGAAACUCAAUGCCACAGAUGCAGAUGAGCCAGGUCAUUUGAACUCUAAAAUUGCCUACAAGAUUGUCUCUCAGGAACCUGCAGGCAUACCCAUGUUCCUCAUAAGCAGAAACACUGGAGAAGUCCGAACUUUGACCAAUUCUCUUGAUCGAGAGCAAGUUUCCAGCUAUCGUCUUGUUGUGAGUGGUGCAGACAAAGAUGGAGAAGGACUGUCUACUGAAUGUGAAUGCAGUAUUAAAGUAAAGGAUGUCAAUGAUAACUUCCCAACACUUGGAGCCUCUCAGUAUUCAGCAAGUAUUAAGGAAAAUACUUUAAGCUCUGAGUUACUUCGAUUUGAAGUCACAGAUUUGGAUGAAAAGUUCACAGAUAAUUGGCUUGCGGUGUAUUUUUUUACCUCUGGAAAUGAAGGGAAUUGGUUUGAAAUAGAAACUGAUCCCAGAACUAAUGAAGGCAUCCUGAAGGUGGUUAAGGCUCUAGAUUAUGAACAAAUGCAAAACAUGCAAUUUAGUAUCGGUGUCAGAAACAAAGCUGAAUUCCAUCAAUCAGUAAUCUCUCAAUAUCGAGUUCAGCCAAUCCCAGUCACAAUUCGUAUAAUAGAUGUCAAAGAAGGCAUUGCAUUCCGUCCUGCUUCCAAGACAUUUACUGUACAAAAAGGCAUCAGUAGUACAAAACUGAUUAAUUAUGUCCUGGGAAAGUACGAAGCCAUUGAUGAAGAUACUGGUAAAGCUGCCUCAUCUGUCAGAUAUAUCAUGGGUCGUAAUGAUGGUGGCUUGCUGGCUAUUGAUUUAAAAACUGCUCAAAUCAAAUUUGUCAAAAAUAUCAAUCGAGAUUCAACUUUCAUAGUUAACAAGACAAUCACAGCUGAGGUUCUGGCCAUUGAUGAAAACACAGGUAGAACUUCUACAGGCACCGUAUUUGUUGAAGUACCGAGUUUUAAUGAGAAUUGUCCAACAAUUGUCCUGGAAAACACAACAAUUUGCAGUUCUUCCCCUCUUGUGGUGGUCUCUGCCAGAACCCUGGAAAGGGAUAAAUAUGCUGGCCCCUACAGGUUCUCACUAGAGGACCAGUCUCUGAAGCUACCACCAGGCACGUGGAGCAUCACAACACUCAAUGCUACUUCAGCACAGCUCAGAGCCCGACAGCCAGUGACUCCUGGAAAGUACAAGGUCCCUCUUGUGCUUACUGACCGCGAGGGCAGACAAUGCGAGAUGCCAGAGAGCCUGACUCUAGAAGUGUGUCAGUGUGAUGACAGAGGCUUCUGUGGGAGAACUGGCCCAAUCAAAGAACCCACCCGCAGGCUGCCCUCUUGGAGCCUGGGGCCUGCUGCAAUCGGCCUGCUCCUCCUGGGCCUGCUGCUCUUGCUGUUGGCCCCACUUCUGCUGCUGACCUGUGACUGUGGGACCAGUGCACUUGGGGGAGGCACAGGAGGUUUCAUCCCAGUCCCUGAUGGUUCAGAAGGAACCAUUCAUCAGUGGGGGAUUGAAGGAGCCCAUCCUGAAGACAAGGAAAUCACAAAUAUUUGUGUGCCACCUAUAACAGCCAAUGGAGCAGAAUUCAUGGAAAGUUCUGAAGUCUGUACAAAUACAUAUGCUGGAGGGACGGUGGUGGAAGGAGCCUCAGGAAUGGAACUGGCCACCAAGUUUGGAACAGCUGCCUCAUCUGGGGCUGCUGCAGGAUUUGGAGCUGCUGUGGGACUUGGGUCUGCAGGACAGUCUGGAACCAUGAGAACAAGACAUUCCACUGGAGGAACCAGUAGGGACUAUGCUGAUGGGGCAAUCAGCAUGAAUUUCCUAGAUUCCUACUUUUCUCAGAAAGCGUUUGCCUAUGCAGAGGAAGAAGGUAUCCAGGAGGGGAAGGACUGUUUGUUGAUCUACGAUAAUGAGGCCAUGGAUGUCCCCAGUUCUCCCGUGGGCUCCCUGGGCUGUUGCAGCUUCAUUGUUGAUGACCUGGAUGACAGCUUCUUGGACUCCCUGGGUCCCAAAUUUAAAAAACUCGCAGAGAUAAGCCUCGGCAUGGAUGAGGAAGUGCAACAAGCUCAACGGCCCUCCACUGACAGCAGCGCUGGUAUUGGAUCCUGGGGGCCGACCCAAAAUACACAUCCAGGGGGUCAGACUUUGUCAGGCGGUGCGGGAGCCCAGACUUUGUCUGGCGGUCCAGGGGGCGUGGUUUUGUCUGCUUCGGGGUCUUUCCAACCAGCCAUUCCCAUCCCUGACCCUUUGCAACAGGCUAGCUAUCUGGUAAGGGAAACUUACUCAGCUUCGGCGUCCAGUUCCCUCGUGCAGCCUUCUGCCGUCUUUGAUCCUCUUCUCACACCUAAUGUGAUAGUAACGGAAAGGAUUAUCAGUCCCAUGGCCAGCGCUGCCGGCAACCUACUCAUCCCGACAGAGCUCCGAGGCUCCUGCAGUGUGCCCUGCACGGAAGACCCUUGCUCCCGCCAGAUAUGA